ACUGGGGGUAGACGACGAAGCAGGCUGGAAUCCACCUCCGCGUAGAAAGGAAAGGAGCGCCCUUAAUGAAGAUUUCUUGGAAGGUCGAGAUUCGAGACUACUACGAGGCGGCCCAAGAGUUGGGAUCGGAUCGGGGUCGUUGACUCAACGGGCGAGAUCCCGAUGGCCAUCGCCGGUCUAGUGUAGCCACAUCGCCAUCGAGUGCACGUGCCUGCUCGUGCGAUCGAUCAGCAGCUGCUGCACAUUGCAACCGCGCGCCUCGACGCAGCAGGUUGACGAAUCGUGGAUCGUUGGAAGCAAUUGGCGGCAGGCGCGUGGGGCGCCGUUGAUUCGUGAUGGCGGCCGCCACGGACGGCCGUGAUGGCGUCGCAGAGCAGCCAUCCCCAGAGCAGGCGGCUUCCCUUCUCUCCCGCCUGACCUUCGCGUGGGUGACGCCUCUCAUCCGCCUCGGCAACUCCAAGGUGCUGCAGGCGGCAGACCUGCCGCCCCUCUGCCACCGCGACUCCACCGCUGCUGUGGCGCCGGGGGUUAGGGAGGCUUGGGAGAGGGAGAGAACUCGCACCGACAGGCCUCCGUCCUUAGCCCGUGCGCUCAUCAGAGCGUUUCUUGCGCCCUUCGUGGCAGCGGGCGCGCUGAAGCUCUUCCACGACCUGCUUCAGCUCGCCUCGCCGCUGCUGCUGCAACAGAUUAUCCUCCACCUCAGCAUGACGUCGUUCCACGUCAGCACUCCUCCUCUUCCAUACUCCGGCACAAGCACAUCAUUUCUUGAUCCCACCGCAGCAGCCAUCAGCAUCAGCUCAGUCGGCCGUCUCCCUGGUCCCUCGCCCCUCCCCUCCAAUUCCUCAUUCUCUCUCCCCUCCACCCUCACACCAACCCUCCACCGCUCCCUCCUCUCUGCCCCUCUCACCCCCCCAACUGCGCCCUUGGGUUCCUCCUUGCCCUCGCUCCCCCCAGCACCCGCUCUCCUCGCCUGGAUCUUCUUCCCGCUCCUCUCCCUCGUCCCGCACCCACCCGCCCACCCCACCAGCGCACCUGCUGCCUCGUUGGCGCGCGCGCUUUCCCGCGAGGCAGUGCACGCUGCUCCCCCGUUAUCCUCUGGCGCCUCUUCAUCCUUGUCACUAGCUGACUCGCUACCAGCAUGGCUGCCGGGGCUGCUGCUAGCGCUGGUGCUGCUGGCGUGCAACGUGUGCCAGUCGCUCAUCGCCCACCAGUACUUCCACCGCCUCUACCGCCUCUCCUCGCAUGUGCGCACAGGCCUCGUGUCAUUGAUCUACUCCAAGGCGCUCCGCAUCUCCGCUGCAGCGCGCCACUCCACCAGCCUUGGGGAGAUAGUGAAUCUGCAGAGCAAUGAUGCGGAGAAGCUGGCGAAGCUGUGCAUCUAUCUGCACAUCGUGUGGAGCGGACCUGUGCAGAUCAUCGGUGCACUGGCCUUCCUCUUCCGCUUCCUCUCCGUCAUCCCUGCCCUGGCGGGGCUGGCCACCAUGCUGCUCUUGAUGCCCUUCAACGGGCUGCUGAUGGGCCGCCUCUCCGCCGUGCGCCACCGCCUCAUCGCGCGCACGGACGCGCGCGUGCGCCUGCUGACGGAGACGGUGGGGGCGGUGCGCGCGGUGAAGCUGAACGGGUGGGAGGCGCUCUUCAGAGGGCGGAUAGAGGCCAGGCGGGCGGACGAGAUGAAGGAGAUCACCGCCUCCGUGCUGCUGGAGGCCAUGGGUCUGUUCGUGUACUACCUGACGCCCAUGGUGGUCAGCGUUGUGUCGCUCGCCGCCUACGUGCUUCUCGGCCGCCCGCUCACUGCUGACGUCGCCUUCCCCGCCCUCGCACUCUUCAACCUCCUCAGGUUUCCACUCGCAAUGAUUCCGGAUCAGAUCAACGACUACGUGCAAGCCAAGGUCUCUGCGGGCCGCGUUGAAAAGUUUCUGCUGCUGCCCGAGAUUGUUCCGUUAGAAGAGGAGCCGGGCAGCGUGAGGGGCAGCAUAAAGCUUCGCAAUGCGUCGUUUUCAUGGGGAGGGAGGGGCGACAGCAGUGCGAUCAAGAGUGGUGGCGGUGGAAUCAAUGGCCCUGGCGGCAGCACGAGCGACAGUGGCAGUAACGGUGGCAGAGAUGGAAGCAGCAACGCUGUGGCAGUGGCUGUGAAUGGGACGGGUGAAGGCGGGGAGAAGGGGAAGGAGGGGCCAGAGAAGGAGGGGGUGAAGGAGGGAGGGGAGGAAGGAGAGCAAGCAUUGGCGCUAUGUGAUGUGACUCUGGAAAUUCCACCAGGGCAGCUGGUGAUAGUGGUGGGCGAGGUGGGGGCGGGCAAGUCGUCGCUGCUGGCGGGGCUGCUGGGGGAAAUCACUCGAGUGGCGGGGAGCGUGUCGGUGGCAGGACGGGUGGCGUACACCAGCCAGGACCCCUGGAUUCUGAACGCCACAGUGCGCGACAACAUUCUCAUGGGGGGGCCGGCCCAAGGAGCAGUGGAUGAGGCGCGGUACCAGCGGGUGAGAGACGCGUGUGCAUUGAGGCAUGACCUCGCCAUGCUGGCCGGCGGGGACAUGGCUGAGAUCGGGGAGCGAGGCAUCAACCUGUCGGGCGGGCAGAAGCACCGGGUGGCGCUGGCCAGAGCGGUGUACUCGCAGCCAGACGUCGUGCUGCUGGACGACCCGCUCAGCGCCGUGGACACACAUGUCGGCCGCCACCUGUUCACGGAGUGCAUCUGUGGUGAGCUGGCGGGGACCACGCGUGUGCUGGUGACACAUCAGCUGCAGUAUGCGUCCCAUGCUGACGUCAUCAUUGCCAUCAAGGCCGGCCGUGUGGCUGCCGUGGGCACGUUUGACGAGCUGCAGGGCAGGGGCGUGGACUUGGCGCUGUGGGACGAGAAGCAGCAGGAGCAGGGCGAACAGGGCACGGGCACCUGGCAACACAGCGCACCUGCUGCGCCUGCCACUGCUGUCACUGCUGCCACAGCUUCCGACCCUGGUGACAUCAGCAGCAGCAGCAGCAGCAGCAGCAGCAGUGGCACGGGGAAGGCUACUGAAAAGCGCACUACCACCAGUGCUAGCAUGGCAGACAGCGACAAUGACCUCACACGCCCCUUGCUGACUGAACCCCCGUCAUCCGUAUGCACAGCAGCCAGCGGCGCUGCGCCUACUGCAGGCAGCACUGGUGGCGGCAGUGGUAGUGCAGGCAGCGGCAGCGGUGGAGGCAAGAAGAAGCAGAAGGCAGUGGGGCAGUUGGUGGAGGAAGAGGGGCGGGCGGAGGGAGGGGUGGCGGCAGGCGUGUACUGGGAGUACAUGAGGGCAUGGGGCGGGCGGGCGGGUUUCCUCAUGCCACUGCUGGUGCUGGCGGUGUUCGCCGUGUCGCAGUCGCUCAAAGUGGCCAGCGACACCUGGCUCGCCGUGUGGACCGCCAAGACCAGCCAAGGCACCUCCUCCGCUCCAUUCUUCCUGCUCAUCUACAGCCUCGCCACGUUCGCCACGGGGCUCCUCUCUUCCCUCCGCGGCAUCCUCCUCGCCCUGGGCUCCCUCACCGCCGCCCGCUCCCUGCACUCGCGGCUGUUGUCCCGCGUGCUGCGCCUACCCAUGGCGUUCUUCGACUCGCAGCCGUCCGGCCGCCUGCUGAACCGCUUCACGCGGGACAUGGAGCAGAUCGACCUGCAGCUGCCCGACACACUGCUCUCCUACCUCUCAUGCCUCUUCCAGGUCGUCUUUGCCAUCCUGGUGAUAGUCAUCGUCACGCCGCCCUUCCUGCUGCCGCUCAUCCCGCUGCUGCUCCUCUACCGCCGCAUCCAGACUUUCUACAUCUCCGCUUCCAGAGAGCUCAAGCGCCUCGACUCGCUCGCGCGCUCGCCCAUCUUCGCUCACUUCUCUGAAACUCUCACCGGCCUUUCCACCGUCCGGGCCUUCCGCCGCCAGCUGGUGUUCUCGGUUCAGAACAACCGGAAUCUGGAUCGGGCGUCCCAAGCCUACCUGGCUGCCAUGGCAUCGAACCGGUGGCUGGGGCUUCGUCUGGAGCUGAUUGGGGCGUCCUGCGUGUUUGCCACCGCGUGCUUCUGCGUGGUGGGCGGGGUCGCAGCAGCCGCUGCUGCUGCUGCCGCUGCUGGUGGCGGUGGUGGUAGCAGCAGCACGGGCAGCUGGGCUGCUGGUUUUGCAGGGCUGGCGUUGACCAGUGCGCUGUCGAUCACAGGGUACAUGAAUUGGAUGGUCAGGAUGAAUGCUGAGCUGGAGUCGCAGAUGAACGCUGUGGAGCGCAUCCUGGAAUACACCACCCUCCCCACCGAGGCUCCAGAUGUGGUCGAAUCCUGCCGCCCGCCUGUUGAUUGGCCGCAGCAAGGGGUGAUCGAAGCAGAGGGGGUGGUGGUGAGAUACCGCCCGGAGCUGCCCCCCGUGCUCAAAGGACUGACCUUCUCCAUCCGGGCAGGUGAAAAAGUGGGGGUGUGUGGACGCACGGGCAGCGGCAAGACGACGCUGAGCAUGGCGCUGUAUCGGAUAGUGGAGCUGAGUGCAGGGCGAAUAGUGAUUGAUGGCGUUGAUGCUGCCACCAUCGGCCUGAGGGACCUGAGGUCGCGGCUCUCCCUGGUCCCACAAGACCCCGUGGUGUUCUCCGGCAGUAUUCGAUGGAACCUGGACCCGUACAGUGCUGCGAGUGCUGGGGUGGGAGGGGAGAGCGAGAUGGGCAGUGGGGGACACGGGGAGGGGAAGCGUUACGGAGGAGGGAUGAGGGGGGAUGUGGAGUUAUGGGAGGCGCUGACGCAAGCAGGCGUGGCGGAUGCAGUGAGGGCGCUGCCAGGUCAGCUGGACGCUGAGGUGGCGGAGGGCGGAGGGAAUCUGAGCGUGGGGCAGAGGCAGCUGCUCUGUCUGGCACGCGCCCUGCUGAGACGCUCGCACGUGCUGGUGCUGGACGAGGCUACAUCCAAUGUGGACACGGCAACGGACGCGGCGGUGCAGGCGGCGGUGCGGGGAGGGGCGUUUGCAGCGUGCACGGUGGUGACCAUCGCGCACCGCCUGCACACCAUAGUGGACUGCCACCGCGUCAUGCUGCUGGAGGACGGCCACGUGGCGGAGCUUGAUUCGCCCACUGCCCUGCUGCAGGUCAGAGGGUCGCGGUUCUCGGCGUUUGUGGAUGCCACCAUGCCCAGGGAAGCCGCUGCUCUGCGGCGAAUCGCCUCCGCCAAGUCAAUUGCGGCGAGCGAGGGGUAAAGGUGAGGGUAGGACAAGGAGGAGAGGACAGUAGCGGAAUGCUGUAUGAGGCUGCUGCUACCUGCUGCAUACCCUCGAUAUAGUUGGUGGUUAAAGGGAAGUAUGCUGCCCUGCCCACUACAUAACAUGGUUGUUGAAAACAUGAAGUAUAGACACUACGAAUAUAUGUCGUUUUUUUCUGCAGGUCCAUAGUGGAUAAUAUUUAGAGGUUCAAGCAAGGUAGCAUGUUAAGACGUAUUUCUGUCGUUUGUGAUGAUGCUAUGUAAACAAUUUAGAGCUGAUUGACAGCUGUGACGAAUAUGAGCGCGACA